AUAUAGAUGCUUACGUUGAACGAGAUCAACGGUUAAAAAUAUCUAAAUUUUAGUUUGAACUGUUUUAGACGUUAUUUAGGGCGGAGAGUUCAGAAAUCGAAAUUUUUACUUUUAUUCAACCAGAAAACGCAUGACAUAUUUUGACGUUGCUUAUAGGUAGACCUGGAAAUCGUUCAAAAAUAUCUUGAUUGUGUGACUUUUAACCGAUUUCCCACAUGGAGCAUAACAUAAAAAAUUGCACAAUUAUAGCCUAAAAUUUAUUCAGAGUUGCACUAUAUCAGGAUUGAUAGAAAACUUCUAUCAAAAUGCUCUUCUUUCUACCACAAGUUGACAAUCAGUUGUUUUAUAUCUAUAAAAUUGAUUUCUUUUGAAACAGAGUAUAGGUUGGGUUAUUGGGUACACCAGUUUUAUUCUGUGGUUUUACCCCUUGGUUACAUGCGUUUGCACCGGUUUAUUACUGCAUUUAUUAGUACUGUUAGCUGUACGUGCGAACCAAAAUUAACCGAAAAUCUUGCAAAGGUCACGAACGAUGAGUUCAUAAGUUUUGCAAAGUUUUCCUCAUUAUAUACUUUCAUACCAACGUCAUACAUCCACAUAAGUCAGCUUUAUUUGUAUUUGUCAUUGCUCAAACUUGGAAGUGUGGAAUUCCUGUUGAUCAACAUCCCUGACUCAAAAAUGAAUGAAGGAUACACUAGCAAAAUAAGAUGUAUUUGCAUUACCACAACUUAAUGUCAUCCCACUUAUUGUUAGAUACUUGCAAAACUCAAGCUGCUAUCACGGCGAAAUUGUAACAAUAAAUAUUUGCACGUCCAAUCUUUAUGGAUAGGAAUUUUGGAGUUGACUUAUCCACCAUGAACUCAUCGUAUAGCUGAGCUUGGAGCGGUGCUGGCUAACCAACAUGACGCUUUUGUCAAACUCACUCUCACGUAUUAUAAAUACAUCGCUAAUAAGUGUGCUAACAAGUAAAAUGUAAGUGUAAAAAGACAAAAGAGUGUUUGUUGUAUCAUGCAAAAAAGAGUUGAAGUACAAAGAUUUUGCCGGUUGUAAGGCUUUAAUAUUUUGAGGUGAUGACCGUACAGAAUAGAAAUGCAGAACAAUGCAAAUAUUCAAUUUCGCAAUUUUAGGAGCAAUAUUGUUUCCCUUGACGUCGUGGUCUGUAACGACCAAUAGAAAAUUAUCAAAAUGUAUCGAAAGUGUGACCCAGAUAGAGUGCACCAUUCCAGUUGAGAUAGCGUGGUCGUGCGUCAAGCCCAAUGUGAUUGAGAUCAAAGCGUGGAAUGGAUCGAAGCAGGGUCAUUCUGAGGACAGUGUUGUCCCAAGUUCGUACUUGUUGGUAAAUUGUACUGCUCCGUUUCCCAUCGAUGUCCGAGUAUCAGGGUCCCAGGUUUAUGAUUCAACACGAUCUGUAUUCAUUCGAAAUGCGGAAAAUGUAUUUAAUGAAGCAACAUUUGUCUACACGGUGGGAGUUCUGGACUCGUCCCACGACUUCUCAAGUGUGCGGACGAUAUCUGUGUUUCAACUGAACGAUGACACACCGGCGACGGUGACCUUUUCCGUCUUUAAAUUGAGAGAACAGAUGAACAUAACUGAGGGACAGGAAUUGAAGGUGGGGACUAGCACUGAGCAGCAUGAAUUAGAACAAGGUGUCGGUAUCACUACUCUCAUUCCCUGCAUUUCACCGACACUGAACUCAUCCCCAGAACUAGUGCGUGUCGGCAGUAAUAAUACGUCUGCAGUGGUAACCGACGCAGAGUAUGAUGUUACCAAAGGAUUUAUUAUUCAAAAUAAAAAUAUUUUCCAUUCGAACUCUUCCAACGGAGAAAUGUUUCAGUGUUUCGUUGGAGGAAGCAGUAAAAAUGUUAAUUUGUCAACCCAAGCGAACCACGAAAUUACUAAAUUUAAAAUAGUGCCUAGAAAAGAUCUGUACAUCUAUCCUGAAUUCCAACGGGUAGUUCUAUUCCAGAGAGAUGAGCUUAAACUAAUUUGUCGAUCAAAGUCAAAAGUGCAACUAAAUGGGACGUUUAAAGGCGAAAUCAUAAAGGCAACAACGACUCUCGAAUUCGACGAGUUUACUGCUACUUUGGCGCAUAGUAUUUUCCAAAUUGGAGAUAAUGGAAGUGUCGCAUGUGUCGAUGAAGAGUCGGGGAAAUCCCUUUUCUCAUGGACAAUUGAAGUUCUUGAUAUCGAGAACAACGAUGUACUUCGUGUUAACAAAAUGGACGACUAUUUGGUCAAAUGUGUUUCACCAAAGCCAACUCAACUGAAGAUGAUCUUUUGCCAAGGUGAGACCAACUGCGAAGAACGUAAAUGGUGCUUUGAACCGAGUUUCGCUGCUAAUCCGACAUGUACACAGUCGAGGAUUGGGAACCCUUGCAAAGACGGUGGUGGGACUUGCAUCGAAAUGCGAAGGUCAGGAGACAAUGACCCAAUCUACUCUCAAGGAAUGCUACAAUGUCGAGCUGGAAACUACUCUUACACGACGAAAUUCUUUCGAGGGUUUGAUGGAAUUUUAUAUUUAGACUGGACAACUGCUCCGGCAAGUGGCUUAAUCGAAGUUUUCGUUCCACCAGAUGAUAUGAUCAUGUACCCACAUAAUUCAUACCCGUUUGGGUGCAGGGCAGCCCCAUUUAUUUCUGAUGGUCGAAUUCAAUGGAUCAUCAGGGGGAAGGAUGGCUCAGAAAUAUUGCUACACAAAGAUCGUGUGGAAGACUUGCGUCAUUCCUAUUACGGUUUGAACUCCUCACUCUACACGAUAAGAGAAAGCAACAUUCGUCUCAUCUACCCAAACGAUUACGACGUCCUGUGCAUGGUUCCUCUAUGGAAUUCGACCGCUGGAUUGCGACAUCACAAAAGGAUCAAUGUUGCAGCUCACAUCCCCCCUGUCAAAGAAAUUGUAAUUACUUCAGCGUGUAUAAUAAUUCUCCUCGUUAUUCCGCUAAUUGCUGUAGCAGUGAGGCUAAAAAAGGCCAGGGAAGCAAUCAGAAAUCUUACUGAGCAAGAAGUGGAAGAGUUUAUUAAAGGCGACCUUACGACGCUCAACUCAAAAGAUACUGAUCCUCAUGAACAAAUUGUCGCUUCCCCGUACAAUCAAGACUAUGAGAUACCGAGGAAUAAAUUGCUUAUCGAUCGUGAAAAUAAGCUUGGAGAAGGAGAAUUUGGCCUUGUGGUGAAAGGCAAGGUCGAGGGAAUUCCGGAAGUUGUGGCAGUGAAGACUAUAAAGCCACGAUGCGAGGUGAACCAGUUUAAAGGAUUUAUGUCCGAGUUAAAAAUAAUGAUCUAUAUUGGAAAACACCCCUUCGUUGUGGGACUUAUCGGUGCGCACACGGAUAAAAUUAAGGAAAAAAUAAUGUAUAUCGUGGUCGAGUAUUGCGCCAACGGGUCACUGGAUAAAUUUCUUCUAAAGAAAAAGAAUCGAUAUGUGAAUCAAGUGGAAGAAAACGAUAAAAUCAAUCCCAACAUUACACAACCUGUUGAAAACUUUAGUCAGAGUCAUUAUGUUUCAAUUUGUUUUGCUGGUGAUGAUGAGUUUGGCUCAGAAACGAGUAAUAAUAAUAAUCUGCUGAAGACUGUAGAUCUUUUACGUUGGGCUUGUGAAAUUGCGUCGGCAAUGGCACAUUUGAGUAGAAAAAGGGUGGUGCAUGCAGAUUUAGCUGCGCGAAAUAUUUUAAUCAAUGCACACGGAAUUUCAAAGAUCACGGAUUUUGGACUUUCUUUUGGAUACCGAAUGAAUUAUGCACAAUAUGUAAAAAAGCACGAGGAACCGUUGUUGGUGCCUUGGAGAUGGAUGAGUGAAGAAUGCCUACGCAGUCUGACUUUCUCAACUCACUCGGAUGUUUGGGCUUAUGGAAUAGUGCUUUGGGAAUUGUUCUCCCUGGGGGACGUCCCUUAUUCUGGCCAAUCAUGGGACAUUGCAUUCGUUGAUGAGUUGGCCAAUGGAUUGAGAAUGUCCAAGCCGGCAUAUUCUCCAACGUUUGUAUAUCGUACGAUGCAAGAGUGUUGGCAACACCGGCCAGAAUCUAGACCGUCGUUCGAACAACUUGAGGCCCAGUUUAGAACAAUCCUCACACCUUUGGGAAUUAAUGUUCAGAUUCAUGAGGAUAAUGAGACUUAAUGUUGUUUAUGUGCAUAUUUAAUUAACUUGAGAACAAAUUUAAGUACCAAUAACUAAAUACAUAAUUACGUUUUUUAGUGUGCAUGGACUAAUUAAA